UCCACAACGCCUGCACCUCGCAUCAUCUGGUCUCGUCUUUUGCUGAUAUCUGCCUCUCUGCGCGCAACGGCAACUCAUUAGUUAACCUGCCCCAGAGACUUGCAGACUGCUGCUAACACCAUGCCUUAGAGAAGGAAGGAGCCUCAUCCGCCUCGUGUACCCAAACUAAACCCAGACCUUGUUGUUCCUUACCUAGUUUUCAGCCUGUGCAUGCAAAGGUAAUCUUCCGAGUAGGAACCAUCCCUGGCUCUGCGGCUACGCUUUGCACCUCUCCAGCAAUCCUCUGCCAGAUCUCAGCAUCUCCUUGUCACCCUUGAGCUCAUCAUGGAGGUUGCCGUAGGCGCGGCGCGGUGGAUGGUUGGCAAGGCGCUGGGUCCCGUCGCUGACGGCUUGCUGGAGGCCUGGGCUGCCAGCAAGGAGCUCGGCCCCAACGUCGACGCGCUCAAGAUGGAGCUGCUCUACGUGCAGGGGAUGCUCAACAACACCCGCGGCCGGGACAUCGACAACCCGCCACUCAACGUGCUGCUGCAGAAGCUGCGGGACCUUGCGUACAACGCCGAGGACGUGCUCGACGAGCUCGACUACUUCCGCAUCCAGGACCAGCUCGAGGGUACUUACGAGGCUUCCGACGAGCACGCCAAGGGAUGCAUGUGCAACCUCUACCUCAACGCUCAUCACACCGCUAGAGCUGCUGGCAAAUUACUCUGCUUCUGUCCGUGCUCGCAACGUGCGGCUAGUCGUGCUGAUCCAAGCGAGCCAAGAGGAGAAGAUACAAGACAACAAGUACUCUGCUGUGCUUGGCCAUGUGCCAAGUGGUGGAGUGCACGCGGAAACAUCUCGUCAGCGCCACAAAACCACCAGGCCAACAAAGAGGUCAGCAAAUGCAUGCGUAAGCUUGCUUCCGGUGCUUGCAACACCAUGCGUCAUGUCGGUAAACUCUUCCAUUGCUCAUCCCUCCCAACUAAUGAUGAUGAUAGUUCUGUCAUGCCAGUCAUUUGCGGUGCCUGCAAGCACAAGGUAUCCCAGAAAAAGCAUGUGAAAGUAACUCCAAAACUAGAGUUUGAUAGGGUGGAUCUGUCUACAAGAAUGAAGCAUAUUGUAGAGCAACUGCAGCCUGCAUGUGCAAAGGUCAAAGCCAUUCUUAAUCUAGAGUUGUUGGGUUCUAGCCGUACUACUGCCCCAAGCAUUUCCAGGAGUCCUUCCACCACCACCUCCGACAUUAUAGAAUCAACAUUGUACGGGAGGGAUGUUGUAAAGAAGACAAUCAUAGAUAGUAUCACCCGUGAAAAAUAUAGUGCCAUGGACCUAAUCGUCUUGCCAAUUGUUGGUCCAGGUGGCAUAGGGAAGACGACUCUCAUACAACAUAUAUAUAACAGCCAAGAAGUGAAAAAACAUUUCCAGGUCAAUAUCUGGAUAUGUGUGUCCCAGAAUUUCAAUGUUAAUAAGCUAACUGAAGAGAUUGAAAAAGCUAUACCUAGUGUGGAAGGUGAAAAAAAGGGUAGAGUAGAAGAGCUGAUUGAACAAAGAUUAAAUUCCAAAAGGCUUUUGCUUAUAUUAGAUGAUAUUUGGAAGUGUGAAUCUGAGGAUUGGAAAAAACUUUUAGUACCACUCACAAAAGGACAGGCAAAGGGCAACGUAAUUCUAGUUACAACUCGGUUUCCGGCUAUAGCAGAAAUUGUUAAGACAACUGACAGGUCAAUAAAUCUGGAGGGUUUAAAACACGGAGAGUUUAGGGGCUUUUUCCAAAAAUGCAUUUUUGGUGAGGAGCAAUCACAGAAAGACCAUCAUGUGUUACAUGGGAUUGGAGAUAAGAUAGCAGGAAAACUAAGGGGGUCCCCUCUUGCAGCAAAAACUGUAGGUAGAUUAUUGAGGAACCACCUUGAUGUGUAUCAUUGGACAAGAGUCCUAGAAAGUAGAGAAUGGGAAAUGCAGACCGGUGAGCGUGACAUCAUGCCUGCACUGAAACUUAGCUAUGAUUAUCUGCCUUUUCAUCUGCAGCAAUGUUUUUCUUCUUGUGCUUUGUUUCCUGAAGAUUACAAGUUUAAAAGUGAAGAGCUCAUUCAUUUCUGGAUAGGACUAGAUAUUUUGCAUCCUGGUGGUGGAAAUAAAACAGUUGAAGAUGUGGGUCUGGACAGUUUAAAUGAUUUGAUCAACAAUGGAUUUUUCAAAAAAGAUGAAACUGAUGGGCAUCCAUAUUAUAUCAUCCAUGACCUGUUGCAUGAUUUAGCUUUGAAGGUUGCAUCUCAUGAAUGUCUUAGUUUGCAUCACUCUAAUGUGAGAUCAGUUGAAAUUCGGCCAUCUAUCCGUCACUUGUCAAUCAGCACAUAUGAUAUUGUUGAUAGGAAUGGAACGACUGCCAUAAACUUUAAGAGUGAGUUGAGGAAACUUAAGACAAAAUUGAAGGUUGAAAACUUGCAAACAUUAAUUAUAUUUGGAGAAGGAGAUGAAAGCUUUGUCAACAUUUUUGGUGAUUUGUUCAUGGAAGCAAAUGCUCUUCGUGUUCUUUGUUUGCCCACAUUAUCAUAUCCACUGGAAUCCAUGUUGCAUAACUUUUCAUCACUUCUCCACCUACGAUACCUAAAGCUAGGGACUUCUAUGAGCCAGAUGCAUUUACCAACAACCUUAUCCAGAUUUUAUCAUUUGAAGAUUUUGGAUCUAAAAAAAUGGGAUGGUUCUUUUCUGUUACCUAGAGACAUGAGUAACCUUGCAAAAUUGUGUCAUUUUCUCACCAAACAUGAUGAGCUUCAUUCGGGUAUUUAUAAUGUGGGGAAACUAAAACUCUUACAUGAGUUAAAGUUUUUUGCAGUAAAUAAAGAAAGUGAAGGUUUUGAACUAAAUCAACUAGAGCAUCUCGUCAAAAUAAGGGAGCUUGGGAUUUAUAACCUUGAGAAAAUACGCACAAAAGAAAAAGCACUUGAAGCAAAAUUGAUGGACAAAAACUACUUGGACAAGUUAACAUUAGACUGGGAUAGUGCGCGAUCCAAUAUUGAACCAGAUGUGGAAGGCGUGGUUCUUGAGAGCCUUCAACCACAUAGAAAUCUUCAGGAGUUGUGCAUUAGAGGACACAGAGGUCCUUCUUGCCCAACGUGGCUGGGUGAUAAACUCACCGUCGAGGCUCUACAAUCUCUUCAUCUCGUUGGUGUUUCUUGGGAUGCUUAUCCUUCUCCAGGAAAGAUGUGGGAUCUUCGCGAACUAACACUUGACCAUAUUUCCAUAAUAAAGGAGUUUGCUCUAGAGCAAAGCUUUUGCAAGCUAGUAAAGAUUACACUCAUUGGCUUAGAAAAUUUCAAAAAAUGGGUACCACAGGCCAGUCAUUCGUUCCCUUGUUUGCAAGUACUGAUUAUUAAGGAUUGCCCUAAACUCUCAGAGUUUCCAUGUUCAAGCCGCAUUGUUUACCCACUGAAAGAAGACUGGAACAUAGAUUGGUUUCCCAAACUACAAGAGCUUAGGAUAGAAAAUUGCCCUGAAGUCUUGCUACUGCCUCCUAUCCCUUGGACUCAGUCUCUGUGCUCUGUCAAGAUAAGUGGCGUGGGAUCAAAGCUAGUAUACAGCUUGGUAUACUCAAAACCAUCUUCUGGAGUAGCAUUAUUACAAAUUAAUGGAAAGGGUGGUCUGCAUAGCUUAGAUCAGCUUUUACUAUUCAGUCAACUAACAGAACUUCAGGAGUUGAAGAUAGAAAAUUGCCCACCUUUGGAGCUGAAGUAUUUUUUAAUGCUAACCUCGUUGAAGGAAUUGUGGGCACGGGGUUCAAAUCUUGGGGUGGUGGCAUCAGAAGUUGAGAGUGGUGUCGAAUGGCAGCAUCCUGUUGAGGACAUUAAAAUUGCGCAAUCUGGUUCUACUGGAAAGGAAUUGACAAUGUUCCUAUCCCACCUCCCAAAGCUAUCCAAAUUGAGCGUAUUUUCUUGUAGAAACAUAACACAGUUUGCUGUGGGGGUGGAUUUGCAGCAAACAACAGCACCAAUAGUAUCAUCGUCAACCUCUUCAGAUGUUACAAUGGAUGAUACACAAGCAAAAGAUGAGCAGGAAGAAAUAGCAGAGGUGGAGCAGGAGGAGGCAAACACGGUGGAUGAUGAUGGGCCGUUGGUCCUCCCUGCACAUCUCUCCAACUCUUUGCAGACACUGCACAUCGACAGUCAUCGGCGUGUACUGGUAGUUCGUUCCAUCGAUGCCCUCCAAGCCCUAACUACCCUUCAGUUAGAACAUUGCUCUUUUCGCCACCCAUUCCCAUCCUCCCUGCUUGACCUGAAUCUUAACUCCGUGAAGGGUGUGCUGACCCUUUCAAACCUCACCUCUCUUGCCCGAUUGAGCAUAUCUGAUUGCGGAGAGGAUUUAAGAUGCGAGGGCCUGUUGCCUCUCCUUACUCGGGGCCAGCUCAGCAAUUUAGAAGUCCGCAAAAGCCCCAGUUUCUUUGGUUGGUGGGAUCCCAAUCCCAUGCAGGGGAUGACAGAAUCCAAACUGCAGAAUCUCGAGACAGAUGACAUCGAGGGCUUCCUCCGUGCGCCCGCCCUCUGUAGCCUCCUCUCUUCCUCCCUCGCCGACUUGUGCUUUAAUUGGGACCGAGAGACGGUGCGCUUCACGAAAGAGCAGGAGGAGGCCUUUCAACGCCUCACCUCGCUCCAGGAACUCAGGUUCUGGAGUUGCAAGAAACUGGAGCACCUCCCUGCAGGGCUAAACAAGCUGACCAACCUCAAGAUGUUAGCGAUCUGGGACUGUCCAGCCCUCCAGUCGCUGCCCAAGGACGGCCGUUCACUGCAGGGCUUAUGUGUCAUUGGUUGCGGGAACAAGGAUCUGACGCAGCAGUGCAGGCAAUUAAUUGGAACCAUCCCAAAAAUCAUACUAUAGACUAAUCCAAGCUGGUCCGUGCAUCACUUUCACCUUGUGGAAUUAUCCCCAUCUCUUGGGACAUUUGGCACAUGAGGUCCUGUGUGGUAUUUUCUUCAUGUCAACACAUCUGGUUUCUUGUGUUAGC